AUGGGCGAUGUAGGUUGUUCACACUUCGCCACGUACAUUAAGGAAUUCGGAUACGAUUCGUUCACGGUCGUGCACGCGUACUUUAGUGCUUGCAUCGGAAAGGAAGCCCGACGCCGCAAGGCGCUGUCCUGUCUGUGCCACAAAUGUGGCGGCUCCGGACCUCAGCUCUUCUCCUGCCUACACUGCAUCUACUUCGGCUGCAAGGGAGCGCACAUCAACGAGCAUUACAAGCUCACCAAGCAUUUCAUGGCCCUCGAGCUGUGCUACGGGAUGCUCUACUGCUACCAAUGUCGGGACUUCAUCUACAACAGCGAAUGUCAGGCGAUUGCCGAACGCCAUCUGCGCCGCGAGGCUCGCAGCCUUAACAAGAGCCUGUCCUGGCGCCCGUGGAGCCCUUCGAAGCUGGAGAUUGAGUUGCUGUUGAAAAAUCCGAAACGACGCCACGUGACGGCCUACUCCAGCAUCGGACUGCGUGGGCUGCUCAACCUCGGUUCAACCUGUUUCAUGAACUGCAUUGUGCAGGCCCUCAUCCAUACACCAUUGCUGCGUGACUACUUCCUCGCCGAGCUGCACGAGUGCACCUCGAAAACGGCCGCCAAAUGUCUCGUCUGUGAAGUGUCCCGCCUCUUCCAGGAGUUCUACUCCGGGGCGAGGGGUCCACUGUCCCUGCAUCGGUUGCUUCACCUCAUCUGGAACCAUGCGCGACACCUGGCCGGUUACGAGCAACAGGAUGCGCACGAGUUCUUCAUUGCGACCCUCGACGUACUGCAUCGUCAUUGCAAAAUAUCGAUGACGGAAUUAGCAGCCAACGUUGCGGCCGCCGCCGCUGCCGAAAAAUCCCAACAGCAACCCCAGAACCAGCAUUCGAACACAAACUUCCACCUUCCACAAGGCUCCCUUCAACAGCAACUCCUACAACAGUCCACCUCAAACGCCCAGCCGCUCUCAGCGACAACCACGGGAACGCAACCUAUGGCGCCCAAUGCCGGUGCCACCUCCAACGCCACCCCGGCGGACCCCAAUCCGGCCCAGUGUAACUGCAUUAUCGAUCAAAUCUUCACCGGCGGUCUGCAGAGUGACGUCGUUUGUCAGGCAUGCAACGGUGUCUCGACCACGAUCGACCCGUUCUGGGACAUUUCGCUCGAUCUGGGCGAAUCGUCCAACAGCCAAGGCUACGGUGGACCCCCGAAGUCCCUCAUCGAUUGUCUGGAACGGUUUACCCGGGCCGAGCAUUUGGGUUCGAGUGCAAAAAUCAAAUGCAACACCUGCAAAAGCUAUCAGGAAUCCACCAAGCAACUGUCGAUGCGAACGCUCCCGAUCGUGGCCAGUUUUCAUCUCAAGCGGUUUGAGCACUCUAGUCUGAUCGAUAAAAAAAUUUCCACCUUCAUCUCAUUCCCUUCGGAGCUGGACAUGACGCCGUUUAUGUCACAAAAAAAGUCUGACCAACAGCAGCAGCCUCUGUCGGGCGGUGCGGACCGAAAAGCAUCAACCCACAGCGCCGACAACGUUGGAGCGAACGGAUCGUCUACUCCGGCCGCAACCGGAAUGGCUGGCUCGUCAUCCGGCCAGGGUGACGAGGACCGGGGAACUAAUGGCGGCGGGAACGGAUCACAGCACAGCCGUGAUACGGCCGACUUCCGGUAUUCGCUGUACGCAGUUAUUAACCACGUCGGGACGCUAGACGCUGGCCACUAUACGGCAUACGUGCGCCAUCAGAAGGACAUUUGGGUGAAGUGUGACGAUCAUAUCAUUACCACUGCCACGCUGAAGCAGGUCCUCGAUAGUGAAGGGUACCUUUUAUUUUAUCACAAAAAGAUACUGGAGUACGAAUAAUGUGACACACCCUCGGAGGAGUGGAUGAAGCCAAUAGAAAACAACGGGAGGGGUUUUCGGGGGCUCCUUGAACGAGUAGCAAACAUUAAGACUGGCAAUUCCCGACUCCUUAAAGACGGCAUUCUUUCUCGCUGUUUCGAUGCAUUUCUCUUACCCAACCGUUUCCUGAGGAAGCUCAUCAUGUAUUUCUUUUGUAUUUGGAAACCUACAUCGGAAACCGAUCGACGAAACGAACAUGCUUAAUAUGUGUUCCGGAAGUUCAUUUUAUCCCCCCACCCUCUUUUCUCGCAUACGGACACUACUAUUUUUAUUGACGUAUUAUUUUUAGCUCACAUAAACCGUACUAUAGGCACAUUUUAGGCUUGGACAAAAUAUGUUCAAUUUAGAUUAGGUAGAAGAACAAACAACAAAGAUACGCUUUCAGUCAUUGUGUUAAUAAUAUCCAUAUUUAUUAAAGUGAUCCUUCUCUUUCCUAUUUCUCCUACCGCUCCCAACACAAACUCUUCCAGUCCAGUUCCAACGAUCGGGAUGCGUUCAAUGCAUGGCGGCACAAACGGGAAAAAAACAUUUAGCGAAUAAAACAAGGGAAAGAACGAAAAGACCAACCCAACGAAAGCAUGGGGGUGUGAUGAAUCGAAUCAAAUGUUUUCCUUUUUCCUUUCACCGUCAGUUUCUGUUCGUAACCUUCGAUCAUCACUUCCUUACACGAUCAGAUCGGUAGCCGAAUAUCCUUUACCUUGUUCGCCCGGUGUCGGUAUUUGUUUUUUUCAGGUGUUACUGUGAUCCACACAAAGCUUGCCUACUGAUUUCCUAUGGAAGAAUUCUACCGCCUACUCUUCCCAAAACAGGAACAUGAAUGGAAGAUGUGCAAGAGGUGAACGAUGUUCGUUUGUGCAUGGUACGAAUAGUGAAUAACAAAAACAAACAAACUCAAAUAAACAAAUACUUCACGCAUGUGGAAUCAACUUCCUUUAGUAUUCCGUUUUUUCUUUUCUAAUGAGUUUUUAACUAAGACCGGAAAAGAAACAACAGUCAUUACCUAACAAAGUGCGGGGUCGAUCGUACACGUUCGAUGUAUUUUCCUCACUCUCGUUUCUCUGGGGAGCAUGAUAUCGUUAAAAAGUUUUGAAAUGUAUUCCAGUUUAUAACAA